UGAUUUCACAGCCUUGUUUUGAAGCUGUCCUCCCAUACAUCCUCAUUUCCUCUCUAUAAUUGCAGCUCACCCCACCCCAUUCUACAGUCUUGCACCCUAAUAUGCAGAGGUCGCUUCUUGCAUCAUAGUAUCCCAAACCAUUCCCGAAUCCGAACAUGGCGUCCAAAAUCGUCGUCGUCGGAGACGUCAACUGCGAGCUGCAGGACGUGUUUACCAAACUCUCCAAGCUGCAUAUCAAGCAAAACUUUGCGUUUGCCAUUAUUGUCGGCGACCUCUUCGGCGACUGCUCGACGGAGCAUGAACUCGAGCAGAUCUCCGCCUUACUGCAAGGCAACAUCACCGUGCCUCUGCCCACCUACUUCACCCUGGGCAGUCGCCCGCUCCCGACGCGGAUCAUCGAGGCAAUCGAGGCCAACGACGAAGUCUGCCCGAACCUCUACUUCCUGGGCCGACGCGGCACGCUGAAGACCUCCGAGGGCAUCCGUCUCGUCUCUCUAGGAGGCACUCUCGAGCCCGACAGCAGUAGGUCCUCCGAAAAGUACCACCCAGGCUACACGGAAUCCGACGCGCGCGCCCUCUACGGCGCACACUCCGCCGACAUCCUCAUCACGCACCAAUGGCCCAAGGACAUCCGCACCGGCUCCAAACCGCGCUACCACCUCUCCUCCUCUCCCAACUUCUUCUGGGAGCGCGAACCCUUCUUCCAACCCCCAACGGAAGACAACCCCGACGCCAAGCCCCUCACCCGCUUCAUCAGCCUGGCCUCGUACAGCAAAACCGCCAAAACGAAAUGGAUGUACGCCUUCACGCUGGACCCGCACGCCGCGGCAUCCAUGACUCUCCCCGCCGGCGCCACCGCCAUCCCCUUCGCUCCCCUCCAAACCAAACGCAAGCCCCUGCGCCCUCAAAAAGAAUCCUUCCAGCGCUUCGCCGUCGACGACAACGACGGCGACCACCGGCCCCGCAAGCGCGCCCGCGCCCCUCCCCCCGGCCCAGACCAAUGCUUCUUCUGCCUCUCCAACCCCAACAUCGCCACGCACCUGAUCACCUCCAUCGGCGAAGAAAGCUACCUCACCACCGCCAAGGGACCCCUCCCCACCUCCAAGACCUUCUCCCCCGCCCUCCCCUUCCCCGGCCACAUGCUCAUCAUCCCCUUCACCCACACCCCCACGCUAAACACCAUCUCCGACCCGUCCUCUCGCCUCGCCACAUACACCGAAAUGCACCGCUACCGCACCUCCCUGCACACCAUGCUGCAGGCCCGCGCGUCGGGCUCCCUCGGCGCCGUCACCUGGGAAGUCAGUCGCGGCAACGGCAUCCACGUACACUGGCAAUUCCUCCCCGUGCCGGCAUCCCUCAUCAAACGCGGCCUCGUCGACGCCGCCUUCAGAGUCGAGGCCGAGAACCUCAAAUACCCGAAAUUCGAAAAGCCCUCGUCCACUACAGAUCCGAGUACCGAGCCCGGAGACUUCUUCCGCGUAUGGAUCUGGGAUCCCCCGUCUACUGAAUCGGCUGAUGCUGAUCCGGCUGAGAAUGAUGGCGCUGCGGACCCGGACGCUGAGAAACCCGAGCUCGGGUCCGAGAAAACCCUCCUCCUUCCCCUGAGCACCGAAUUCCGGUUCGAUCUGCAGUUCGGCCGCAGGGUCAUGGCCAAGUUGAUGGAGUUGGAGAAGCGCAUCAAUUGGAAGAAUGAUGUGCAGUCGCAGGCGGAGGAGGAGGCCGAUGCCGAGGCGUUCAAGGAGGCAUUCAAGCAGUUUGAUUUCACAUUGGAGGAGUGAGUCGGUUAGGAUAUUGGAUAUAGGGGGCAUGGCUGGUGGCUGGUGGCUGGUGGCUAUGGCCGUUAGCAACAGUAUUUAUUGUUCUUGGAUAUGUGCGUGUAUGUAUGUGUAUCUGUAUAAGCUAGUGAGCACCAAAGUGAGCAAGUGGGGCUUUAUAAUGGUAGAAUAAUAUAUUUG